CACUCACUGUCCACCCCAUAACUUUGGCUAGUUUUUGAAUCCACCAGUGUUUCAAUUAUCCAGAUUUUUUUCACCAGAAAAGACAAGCUGGUUGAUGACACUGUUGACCUUUUUCAUGUUUUUACCUUUUCCUAUUUUGUACCUCUUCUUCUCCCACAAUCCUUUGCAUCUCUAUUUUGGGAAUCUUAUUUAUAUUUAUAGGUAGGUCUCUUAGUGUUUAGUGUCUGUCUCAAUCUGUUUGUGUGUGUUACGCAUCCACAUAACACACACACACAUCCACAUAACACACACACACACGUUAAUCCACAGUAUGGCUUGGUAGAGGAAUGGUUCUUUCAUCAAAUCAUUCAGCUGGUACUUGUUUUCAUGACAUGCCAUGCUCUUUCUCUCCAUCCCGAACAUCACCUUUUUGCUUUUGACCUCCAUCAAAACCACAGUGAUGCAUCCUGCAACGCCUUCCUCUCUUCUCAGAGGAGCACAUUUUCUCUCACUGUAUUGCACAACAGUCUCUUCUUCUCCCAUUAAAUGUGUAACUGCCUCCGUUUCCUUAUAUUGAAUCAUUUUACUCACACACAGGAGGAGACUAAUGCAAGGUCCCAAGGCAAACUCCAUAUCUAGCAAAAAAGAAAUAAACCAAUAUAUUAUAUUGUUCCCAUCUCAUCCUGCACCUCUUAUGAAACAACUGAUGUCUGAUGAAGACUGUCAAACAUUAUCUGUAGAUCUGCACUUAAUACUCACUUGUUUCUCAUUCUACUGGUCUGUCACCUGUGUAUGCAUCUCUCUCUACCCCCCUCCCCCUCUCCUAUCACUCUCACUCCCUCUGACACACAAGCACUCCAAGAUAAUGGACUUAAACCCUUGCUGCAAUUCUUUACCUUUCAGAGGAUCUUUUUUCAUGCUUUUCUCAUCUGUCGCUCUCAUUUUAAGCGCCAUUCAUCUCUAUCCCAUCGUUGUUUUCCACCUACACCUACACACUUUUAAUUAUCCAAUCAUUUCUUUAUUUGUUGCUCCAUUUUUCAUUUGCCAUCAGAAAAUGAUUCACAUAUCCUAAUGUUCUAUACGUUAGAGGGUAAUUUUGCUUUUCUGAUAUAAUUUGAGAGUUCUGAAUCAUUUUUGUGAGUUAUUACUGGGACUACUGUGAUAUGUUUUAGUUAAGGGGCAGGUAAUUUAGUGUAAUUAUUUUUGGAACAAUGUUUAGCAAUAGAAGGAAAGUGUUGACAGGGUGGUGAAAAGGUUGUAGGGAACUGGUUGAUUCUGAACUAACCAAAAAACGUAGACUUUUUGGUGUGAGAGGGACAGAGAGGGUGAGAGAGGGAAAGAGAGUGAGAGAGGGAAAGUGAGAGUGGGAAAGAGAGAGGGACAGAGAGAGUGUAUUAAACACAGCAAUAGACAUAUACAUAGAUAAGUAGAGCAAACCACAAUUCAUUCUCUCUCCACCUCUUUAUAUUUCCUUUUGUUCUUGAUGGAGAAUGUUAUGAUUCUCCUCUACAUUAUAUGAAGAUAUUGGGGAAUGGGAUUUUUUAAAAUAAAUAUUCUUCACAAUGAUAAAUGCAUUCUGGAUGUAGCUGUUUUCCUGAGGAAUUACUCUGUCUCGGAUUGGACUCCAAAUGAAAGCCUCUAAUUAACUGUUAAUUGAAAUUCAGGACUUUUUGGUGUUUUUUUUCUCCGAAUGGACUAAAGCUGAUUUUAAUACUUUUUUCUACUGUUGAAUUUUAAUGGGAUUUUACUAUCAAGGAUUAAGGACUCAGCAUCUUUUAUCUUCUAGUGAUAUAUUUGUGAUUGUUACAAUUUCUCCUAUCUACAAACACAAUUACAUUUAGAAUCACUCCGUAUUAAGGGUUAAUUAGUUCACCCUCCCUCAGUCUGAGGCUAUGAGAGGGAGAGAGGAGUCCCAGGCCUCACCAUCAUGCUACUUCUGAGAAGCAGGGAUGACAUUUUGGCUGCCAAUACACAAGGUAUUACAUUCCCACUCCUCGAUUAUGCCUGUCUGUGGCUGCCACAGCCCCUCCCACCCUCAGGAAAGGCGAGCGUCCCCCACGCCCCUGCCCCCCCAGGAGGUGAGACGUCCUCCCCGGCGCUGUGCGGCCCUCUCCUCCCUCUCCCUUUCCCUCCUGGGCCUCCUGAUGUGCCUGUUCCACCUGCCCCCCGCCUGUCACUCUCGCAGAGACAAGGGCGGGGGCGUGGCCCACUACAUCCCCAUGGCCCAGCCCCCCCACCACCAGGUGCUGCCCAAGCUGGUGCAGGGCCUCAGCAUCGCCGUGGUGCUGGUGGGCAACUCUAGCGAGGUGGCGUUGGCGGGCGCCCGGGAGAAGGACGACUUCCUGCACAUGCCACUGGCGCCCAACGUGGAAGUGCUCACCAUGAACGAGACGGACCCAAAGAGCAUCAUCAAGAGCAUAUGUGACUUGAUGACAGAGCACUGGCUACAGGGCGUGGUGUUCGGGGACGACACGGAUCAGGAGGCCAUAGCCCAGAUCCUGGACUUCAUCUCCGCACAGACACACAUCCCCAUCCUGGGGGUCCGCGGUGGCUCCUCCAUGAUCAUGGCUGCCAAGGAUGACAACUCUAUGUUCUUCCAGUUCGGCCCGUCCAUCGAGCAGCAGGCCUCGGUCAUGCUCAACAUCAUGGAGGAGUACGACUGGUACAUCUUCUCCAUCGUCACCACAUACUACCCCGGAUACCUGGACUUUGUCACCAAGAUCCGGAGCACCAUAGAGAACAGCUUUGUGGGCUGGGAGCUGGAGGAGGUUCUGCUGCUGGACAUGUCAGUGGACGAUGGAGACUCAAAGAUCCAGAACCAGCUGAAGAAGCUGCAGAGCCCCGUCAUCCUGCUGUACUGCACUAAGGAGGAGGCCAACACCAUCUUCGAAGUGGCCCACUCCGUAGGGAUCACGGGCUACGGCUACACCUGGAUCGUCCCCUCGCUGGUAGCUGGGGACGCUGAAGUGAUCCCUGCCGAGUUCCCUACUGGUUUAAUCUCUGUGUCGUAUGACGAGUGGGACUACGGCCUGGAGGCUCGCGUGCGCGAUGGGGUGGCUGUCAUCGCCAUGGCAACCUCCACCAUGAUGCUCGACAGGGCACACACCCUGAUGAAGUCUGAGUGCCACGGGGCCACGGACAAGAAGGGGCCCAUUGCUGGGAACCCAAAUGAGGUGCUCAGGUACCUGAUGAACGUGACGUUUGAGGGCCGGAACCUGUCCUUCAGUGAGGACGGCUACCAGAUGCAUCCCAAACUGGUCAUCAUCCUACUGGACAAGAUGAGGCAGUGGGACAAGGUGGGGAAGUGGGAGAACGGCUCCCUGUCCAUGAAGUACCACGUCUGGCCUCGCUUUGAGAUCUACUCAGGGGCAGAGAGCCGGGAGGAUGACCACCUUUCCAUCGUUACGCUGGAGGAGGCUCCGUUUGUUAUCGUGGAGGACGUUGACCCCCUCAGUGGCACGUGUAUGAGGAACACUGUGCCCUGCAGGAGACAGCUCCAAACAAUAAAUAAAACCGUCGACUCUGGGAUCUAUAUCAAGCGCUGCUGUAAGGGAUUCUGCAUCGACAUCCUGAAGAAGAUCGCCAAGCACGUCAAGUUCACCUACGACCUCUACCUGGUGACCAAUGGAAAACACGGCAAGAAGAUCAACGGCACCUGGAACGGCAUGGUGGGAGAGGUGGAGACAAAAAAGGCCCACAUGGCGGUGGGCUCCCUCACCAUCAACAAGGAGAGGUCAGAGGUAAUUGACUUCUCAGUGCCCUUCAUUGAGACGGGCAUCAGCGUCAUGGUAUCCCGUAGCAACGGCACCGUCUCGCCCUCUGCCUUCCUCGAGCCCUUCAGUGCUGAUGUGUGGGUGAUGAUGUUCGUGAUGCUGCUGCUGGUUUCGGCGAUUGCUGUGUUUGUGUUUGAGUACCUCAGCCCUGUGGGCUACAACCGCUGUCUGGCUGACGGUAGAGAGCCUGGAGGGCCCUCCUUCACCAUCGGCAAGGCCAUCUGGCUGCUGUGGGGUCUGGUCUUCAACAACUCUGUCCCAGUGCAGAACCCCAAGGGUUGGACCAGUAAGAUCAUGGUGUCGGUGUGGGCCUUCUUCGCUGUCAUCUUCCUGGCCUCCUACACUGCCAACCUGGCUGCCUUCAUGAUCCAGGAGGAGUAUGUGGACCAGGUGUCUGGACUCAGCGACAAGAAGUUCCAGAGACCCAAUGACUUCUCCCCUCCGUUCCGGUUUGGGACGGUCCCUAACGGCAGCACGGAAAGGAACAUCAAGAACAACUACAAGGAGAUGCAUGGCUACAUGAUCAAGUUCCACCAGAAGAAUGUGGACGAGGCCCUCUAUGGUCUGAAGACUGGUAAACUGGACGCCUUCAUCUACGACGCAGCAGUGCUGAACUACAUGGCCGGGAGGGACGAGGGCUGUAAGCUGGUGACCAUCGGCAGUGGGAAGGUGUUUGCCUCCACGGGCUACGGCAUCGCCAUCCAGAAGGAGUCUGGCUGGAAGAGACACGUCGACCUGGCCAUCCUUCAGCUCUUUGGAGACGGUGACAUGGAGGAGCUGGAGGCCAUGUGGCUGACGGGGAUCUGCCACCAUGAGAAGAACGAGGUGAUGAGCAGCCAGCUGGACGUGGACAACAUGGCCGGCGUCUUCUACAUGCUGGGGGCGGCCAUGGCUCUGUCGCUCAUCACCUUCAUCGCCGAGCACGCCUUCUACUGGCAACUGCGCUUCUGCUUCAUGGGCUACUGCACGGGCAAGCCAGGCUUCGUCUUCUCCAUCAGCAGGGGCAUCUACAGCUGCAUCCACGGGGUUCAGAUCGAAGAGAAGAGCAGCUCAGCUCUCGACUCUCCAUCGGUCACCAUGAACAACACCCAAUCCAACAUCCUGCGUCUGCUCCGAACCGCUAAGAACAUGGCCUCCCUGUCCGGGGUUAACGGCUCACCUCACAGUGCCCUGGACUUUAUCCGCCGUGAGUCAUCCGUCUACGACAUCUCUGAGCACCGUCGCAGCCUGGCAGGUCACUCGGACUGCAAGCCCCCGUACAUGCCGGAGGAUAACAUGUUCAGCGACUACAUCAACGAGGUGGAGAGGACGUUCGGGAACCUCCACCUGAAGGACAGCAACCUGUACCAGGACCACUACCUGCACCACCACGGAGGCUCUGCCCUGGGGCUCAGCGGCCCGCCACUUAACAGACCCCACAGCCUGGGCAGCAACAGCUCUCUGGAAGGGGGCAUGUUUGACUGUGACAGUUUAGGGGGAGGAGUGGCACCCAUCUUCACCACCCAGCCACGCUCUGCCCUGACCCACAGGAACAUGAGUAAGUUUGACCUGAUUGCCGGUCAGAACCCACCCUCUGGGCCGGGCUUCAAAUCGGGACUUUCAGACCUGUACGGAAAAUUCUCCUUCAAGGGAGGGGCCUCCAGCUCAGGGUACAUCCCCGGGCACGACAGGUACUGUGGGGGAGGGGGCAGAGAGGAUGACGGAAACAUUCGUUCAGACGUUUCAGACAUCUCCACUCACACGGUCACCUACGGGAACCUGGAGGGCAACGCUAAAAAGCGUAAGCAGUAUCGCGACAGCCUGAAAAAGAGGCCUGCCUCUGCCAAGUCGAGACGAGAGCUGGAUGAGAUUGAGCUGGGCUACCGGAGAAAGCCCUACCACACAGGCUACCACCACUACCACGGCCACCGCUCCUCCUCCCCGCCCCUACUGCCCUCCGAACGCAAGAGAGGAGGAGGGGGCAAUGCAGGGAGCACAUCCUACCUGUUCCGUGACAAAGAGAGUGUGAGGGAUUUCUAUUUGGACCAGUUCCGCCCCAAAGAUGGUGUCCCCCAAUGGGAACAUGUUGAUCUGACAGACGGUCCUGGAGGGGGGGGUGGAGGGGGCGGGGGGAACUGCACCAGUUUGGUGUCAGUGGACGACUUCCUGAAACAAAAUAAACCCAAGAAAUCAGAGUCUAAGAGUGGGGGAGGCACAUCAGGAGCGGGGUUGGCAGGAGGAGACUGGGAGUGUCGUAACUGCCGUGCCAGCGGUGGAGGGGGCAAGCAGAUGUCGAUGCAUGGCAGCGGGGCGGGGGAGAGGGGAGGCGGAUAUGGUGGAGGGGUUAGUUGUGGAUCCUCGGGGGGUGGAGGGAACAGCCGUCCCAGCUCUGCCACCUGCAUGCGCUGCGAGGGCUGCAAAAAGACAGGCAACCUGUACGACAUCAGUGAGGACAACAACCACCUCUUGGAACAGAUGGGGGGUGGGAAAGGCGGAGGCAUGGGGGCUGUGGGGUUAAGUGGAGGCGCCCAGCCUCAAUCUCAAGCUCAGCGUAGAAAGUCUGCCGGCUUUGGAAAGCCCCUCCGACGGCAACACUCUUGCGACACCUUCGUAGACCUUCAGAAAGAGGAGGCAGUCGGAGUCAGGGGGGUCAUGGGGGAUCUAGGAGGGGGCGGUGGGGGCAUGGGGGGUGUAGGAAUGGGCGGGAUGUUGCCUCCCCCCAGAAGUGUUAGCUUAAAAGAGAAGGAGCGCUAUAUGGAGGGUGUUAGCCCCUUCGCCCACAUAUUUGAGAGGCAUGGAGGCUCAGAGAGGGAGAAGGAGCGAGACAGAGACCCCCUGUUCUAUGGUGGUGAGAUGGCCAAAGAAGCAGGGUCGCCAUUCGGCUUGUUCCGAGGUGGUGAGGGCCUGCACCGCCGCUCAGUGGGGGAAAGGGACAUGAGGGACAGAGAAAGAGCCAUGAUGGAGGGCGGUGGAGGAGGAACCUACUCCUUAUCCAAAUCUCUCUACCCGGAUAGGGUCAACCAAAAUCCCUUUAUUCCAACCUUUGGUGACGACCAGUGUCUCUUGCAUGGCGCCAAACAAUACUACAUGAAAAAGCAACAGCAGCAGCAGCAGCAGAUGCCCCCCAAAAACAGCCGAAGUGACUUCCGGGGCUCGGUGGGUGUGACGUCUUUCUUGCCAGCGACUGCCACUGCUGGGGUCAUGUCCACCGUGGCCCCCAGGUUCCCUAUGGAGCUGUGUCUGGGAGGGAACCUCCACGGCUCCACGCUGGGUUUGGGGCCAAUACAGCGCCCGUUCAAUGGCAGCAACGGGCACGUGUACGAGAAACUCUCCAGCAUAGAGUCAGACGUGUGAGAGAGGAUACUGGGUGGGGAGGCAUGGAGGGAGGGAGGCAUGGCAUUAGUGCUGGGAAGUCAGGGAUGAGGAGGCACCACUGUCCACAUUGCAACCGCAAUACUUUUAACAAGGAAGGAGAACAGUCAGGGAAGAGAAGAUGAAUGACAGAAUGGUGAAAAGGUUCGACAGAAAAGAGCAGGGUGAGUUAGAAGGAAAGAUGGGGACAUUCAAGCCCUGUUAUUUUGUUACAAAACAAUGAAUACAAGAGGUGACACGUGGGUAGGGUUAUGUUAACUCUAUUAUUUAUUUGGCCGUUGCCAUCAACACACUCAAAAAGAACACAAAAUUGACACCUCUGAAUGUGAUAUUGCAAGUUUGAGCCAAAUGGCUUACAGAGUCACACCUACAGAGUGAUUAUGAGAAGGGAAUGUGAGUGAGUAGGGAAGUGUCCAUCUGGUCAAGUGUUAUUAGAGAAAGGAGAUGUUGUCAUGACUCAUGUUGAUGAUAGCUCUAAGACUGAAAAUGAGUGGAAGACGAUGGCCGUGUUUACCCCCUGCACUAACUCUCCCUCUUUUUGCCUCUGCAAUCUUAGAGAAAAUGAUUCCAAAAGGGUUAUUUGGCUGUCCCCAUAGGAGAACCCUUUUUGUUUCCAAGUAGAAUCCUUUAUGGUUCCAGGUAGAACCCUUUUGGGUUCCAUAUAGAACCCUCUGUAGAACAGGUUCUAUAUGGAACCCAAAAGGCUUCUACCUGGAACCUAAAGGGUUGUACCUGUAACCAAAAACGAUACUUCAAAGGGUUCUGCUAUGGGGACAGCCGCAGAAUCCUUUAAGGUUCUAAAUAGCACCUUUUUUCUAAGUGAGUUGUUCUGCUCCCUUACACCCCCCUGCUCCCUUCUGCUCCCUUACACCCCCCUGCUCCCUUACACCCCCCUGCUCCCUUCUGCUCCCUCCCUUUGACUCUUUAUUGUUAUGAUCCUUCAAUCAUAAAUGAAAAUAAGAUAUUCUUACUGAAAUAACAGGGUAAAACAACAAUAAUGUUAUUAACAUUGUGAUUAACAAAAGUGAUAUUAUGAAGUGCUUAUGACAUUAAGUUUGUUUUAUGUUUUAUAUUUCAAUACUGUUUAAUAUUUGUUGUUAUUUCUUUGUCUGCCCGAUGGUGGCAGGAAGCUUGUUAUCUAAUUCAACUAACAAGCCUGAACGACUGAGUGAAAAGUCAUUAGGUCUCUUGUUUUUGUUUUAAUGAUAUACAGUCCAUGCUCAUUCAUUCAUUUGCUGUUUUUAAAAUGGUUACGGAAAGAUCUGGAAGGCAUCAUUUGCACAGUACUGAACGGUUCUUCUUUGUUUGAGGUUUCAAGAGAUGUCACACCCUGUUUCUGAACUUUUGUUGGUCAUCAACUGUGAAAGACAUGUCUUGUCAUGAAGCAGAUGGCUGAAGAUACUGACUGAAGGACGAGCCUUAAAGGACUCCAGAUGAUGUGCACCCCAGAGAGCUCAGCAGGGCGUCGUGUAACAGCACAAUACGUAAUGAACAAGGUGUUAAGAUGUGUGCAAUAUCCACUUGUCUUGAAGGGGAAACGUGCUACUCUGAAACCAAGUCAUUAUUUACAGAUGUGAGACUGAGAGACUGUGGUGUGUUUCAAGACAACAACAUGUUUGAAUAACUAACACUUAACUUUCUGUGGACGUUAUUACACAGACAUUACAAUACCAUCGGAAGUGCUUCAUAAACCUGUCACACGUCCAUACUAAAGAACACCACACAUACUGUCAGACUGCUGUGCCUCAUCUAACAAGCAUUUGAUCAACCCUUUUGGAUUCAGGUUCUUAGAAAACAGCCAGCAGCCUCCUAGGCUCACUUUUUAACACACCACUUAUCUCGUAAAACCCGUUGCGUUCACUCUCUGAAGUUAGGAAGGUCCAUACAGGCUUAUGAGACACGUUGAAGAAGCAUUUGUGAAUGCAGUUUUACUUCACAGUCAGUCAGAGUGUGUUUAAUGUGUAUUAUAGGCGUAUGCUCUGUAAUUCUAAAUUGAACUCAAAUCCUCUUAAAAGAUGUUGUUGCCCACAGAAGAUGGUAAUGGUAUUGAUGAACGGCUGAAUGUAAGUCGUGAGGAUGUCUCCAAAUGGGACAUUCCUCCUCAGACUGAGGAAGUUAGACGGAGGAUGUCUUGAGAAUGCUCACGCUAUAUGCUUUGACAGAUGUUGACAGUCCUUUUAGGCUGAGACCUCUAUAUUGCACUGAA